AUGACCGAUUGUGACCCAGAACAAUGGUCACGAAUCGAAGUUGAUCACUUCACCAAAACAAAGUUGGGGUUAGUUCCUUCAGAGUUAACUUACUUAUUUCUAUACCAUGGGAAGGACAUGGAUGACGGACUUGCAAUGUUAGCUGGCAAUGAUUCUGCAAAUAAAAUGCCUGCUGAAGGAGCAAAAGAAGGUCUGGUCGAUUUGUUCGUUGAAACUAAGGAUGAUGCCGAGGGCGAAUGGAUUCGAAGCAUCCUUACACAACAAAUUGAUUGUUUAUCACAAAUAUUGAAUGAGCGCAAAGGACAAGGACCUUCACCUCAUAAAGCAAGGAGGAAAGUGGCAGCAGUAAAGAAAAAAUUUGAUAGGAGUAAACUAAAAACAAAGAGGGUAGCAAGACAGGAUAAGCUCUUUGGCCAGGGUGGUGAGAGUAUUUUCCAACUGAUUGAUGAGGAUAUUGAAGCAUCACCCCCAGAAAUUGAGCUUAUUAAGGAAGCACCAAGAUGUGGCCUUGAUACUAUAAUUGGUGAAGGUUGUGAUUUGAUCUCGGAUGUUGAAAGUGUGGAGGAAGCAGAAAUUCAAGAUAUUGGAGGUGGUGUUACUAAUGAUCCUGAGCCAACUGCAGACCAACAAAAUGAACUUGAACCAACUAGUUACAACAGAGAAAAGCAGGGAGAAGUAGCUGCUAAACAAGUUAGCAAAUGUAAUAGCGGCAAAAAGAAUGGGGAAAUAGUGAGUAAAAAAGUCAAUGAAGUGAAGAAGAAAGCAAAAGGAAAGAAGCAUGUGCUUGGUGCAGGAAAGGAACGAAGUUCAGAUGACGAAACUCUUAAAAAACUAAGAGAUAGAGCUAAAGGAAAAAGAAAAGUUGGAGAAAGAAAUGAAGGAGACCAUUCUGAAAAAGAACAAUCAGAAGAAGUCGAGCCAAACGGAAAUGAGGAGUUUGUAGACAGUGACUAUGGACAAGAUCGUGCUGAAGAAGAACGGAUCAUGAAAGAGAGGGAAAAAGAAUGGUCUGACAUUCUUAAAGAUAUAGGCAAGAAAGGGCCACAAACUCAAACUUGUUAUGGUAAUGGUGCUACUGAAGAAUCUGAUCAUGAAGCUGUUUCAGAUCCACUUCCUAGUGAUGAUGCUUAUGAGGGUUCUGAUGAUGAUGACGAUGUAACACAGCAAGAAGUACACUUCCCGAGGUACAACCCGAAUACAGAUUUUGAUAACCCUAAGUUUGUAAUUGGUUUGAGAUUCGCCACAAAAGCUCAGUUCAGAGAGGUGUGCAAACAUCAAGGGGUUAUACAGGGAAAAAGAAUUCGAUUCUCGAGGAAUAACAAAGUGAAGUGCAGAGCAUAUUGUCAAGGUAACCCUCAGAAAGCAUGUGAGUGGUUUGUGAUUAUUAAUUUCAGGAAAGCUAAGGGCUAUUUGCAGAUUACAAAGUUGAAUAAGAAUCAUGGCUGCGGUGGAUUCAACCAUAAUCAUGGUUGUGCUACUUCUGAUUAUCUUGCCGCAAGGAUGAAGGAUGACAUUCGGAUAACUCCCAAUCUUACAAUUGGUCAGGCUCUUGAACCCAGAGCUGUGGAAUGGCUAAGAACACACACCAAUGCUAAGAACUGGACCAGGUCACACUUUAGUUUUAAUGCAAGAUGUGGUAUUUUGGUUAACAAUAUCUCUGAAUGUGCGAACAAGGUUCUGCUUCCUGCAAGGGAAAAGUCUUUAUUACCAAUGUUAAAGUGGAUCAUGGUGUAUGUAAUGGAAAGGCACCAUCAGAAGCGGGUACGCAUUGAGAAGCUGGAUGAUCGGUUUGGGCCAAAGAUUAGAAGGAAUAUUGAGAAACUGAAGCAAAUGACAGGUGCUUGCCAGGCCCCUGAAACUGACUCUUCUCAACAGGCUCCUGACCCUCGUUCUUCUCAGCUAGAAACUGUUCAACCUGACUGCCCGCCUACCAAAAAGGCAAAAAGGAUAGUAGUGUGUGGAUUAUGUGGUACUACAGGACAUUACAGGACCACAUGCAUGAGCACUGUUGCUGGAAUGUACAAGGAUGUAUCAAUGCCUUCCACUGAAGAUGCAUCAACCUCAGGGAAAUAG